UCAUGUCAUUUUCAUUUCCUUGUAUAUCUAAAACCAAAAGCGUGACUGCCGGGUCUUAAACUUCCCUUAUAUAUUUACCAAGUUCAAUUACCAUCACAAAUUUGUGACUGAGAUCGAGCUAGAGCAAUCCUUGUUUUCAUAGUUUUCAAGUUUUGGUUACUGCAAUUCCCUGCACUGAGACCUGACCAUUUUCUUCAGUUUAUCUCUUUCAGCUUUUUCUCAUGGUUUGUUUUCUCAGAAUCAAUAAAUUGUGCAUUUAAACGCAUUUGAUAUGGACCAAUGUUUUUUUUUUAGUUUUGUUUCUCAGGUUAUAAGUAUCAUCUCAUUUCUGAUUUAUGAUUCAGGUUGCAGAAAUUAUUGAAGGUUCUGCUAUAAUGGAGAAGUUCAAUGGCAAAGUGUCUCAGCUUAGUGUGAAGCUAGGAGAGCCAACCCUGGUUUGUCCAGCUGAAGAGACAGAAAAGGGUCUAUACUUUCUCUCUAAUCUCGACCAAAACAUUGCAGUCAUUGUUCGCACCAUAUAUUGCUUUAAGUCAGAUGAGAAAGGGAAUAAAAAUGCUGGUGAAGUGAUCAAGGAUGCAUUACGAAAGGUUCUUGUUCAUUACUAUCCCCUUGCUGGGCGGCUAACAAUCAGCUCAGAGGGUAAACUAAUUGUGGACUGCACCGGGCAAGGAGCUGUGUUUGUUGAAGCUGAAUCAAACUGUAAGAUGGAGGAGAUUGGAGACAUAACAAAGCCUGAUCCUGAGACUCUUGGGAAGUUGGUUUAUAACAUUCCUGGUGCAAAAAACAUACUAGAGAUGCCACCUCUAGUGGCUCAGGUGACUAAAUUCCAAUGCGGAGGAUUUGUCCUUGGCCUGUGCAUGAACCAUUGCAUGUUUGACGGCAUUGGUGCUAUGGAAUUUGUCAACUCUUGGGGUGAAACAGCCCGAGGUUUGCCACUAACCAUCCCUCCAUUCCCGGACAGAGCCAUUCUGAAAGCCCGAAGCCCACCUAAGAUACAGUAUCUGCAUCAGGAAUUUGCUGAGAUAGAGGAUAAGUCCAGCACCGGUGAUCUCUACAAAGAUGAACUGCUCUACAGAUCUUUCUGUUUUGGGCCUGAGAAGCUUGAAAAACUAAAGAAAAACGCUAUGGAAGAUGGGGUUCUUGAAAAAUGUACUACUUUUGAAGCUCUUUCAGCAUUCGUGUGGAGGGCUCGGACCAAGGCACUUAACAUGCUGUCCGACCAACAAACAAAGCUUCUCUUUGCCGUUGAUGGCAGGCCUAAAUUCAAUCCACCUCUACCAAAAGGCUACUUAGGAAAUGGCAUUGUAUUAACAAAUUCCAUAUGCCAAGCAGGUGAGCUAUUGGACAAGCCAUUUUCACAUGCCGUGGGCCUUAUUCAGGAAUCAAUUAACAUGGUUACAGAUGGUUACAUGAGAUCAGCCAUAGAUUACUUUGAGGUGACCAGAGCUAGGCCAUCUUUAUCAUCCACUCUGCUGAUCACUACAUGGUCUAGGCUAUCUUUCCACACUACAGAUUUCGGAUGGGGAGAGCCUGUUCUAUCAGGGCCAGUUGCAUUGCCAGAGAAGGAAGUGAUCUUGUUCCUAUCCCAUGGCAAAGAGAGGAAAAGCAUAAAUGUUCUUUUAGGGUUGCCAACUUCUGCUAUGAAGGUCUUCCAAGAACAGAUGCAGAUUUAGACAACAAGAAAUAUUUGCAGAAUGUUGUUAUACACUUAUACUCCAUCUUCUAGUUCACUGUUCUAAUUCAUUUCUCUUUGUGGUAUAUUACUACGUUUCGUCUAUAGACUUGCAGCUGAUCAGCAAAAGAAAAAUUAUGCAUGAUCAAGUACCAAGUAAAGUUGGCACAGGGUAAAAGGGACAUCAAAGGUCAAAAUUCUGUGCUUUGUGGCGUGGUUUUUCGUUCUUACUUUAAUGUGGAAUUUAUAUAUUGAGAGCUGGAGGCACAUCAAUUUGAGCUUGUAUUGCCCAGAAAUUAUGCGUCUUUGAUUUAAAAUUUAAUGUUUUGUACUCAUCAUAUUUCAUUCUUUAUUCAAAAGUACAAGUCUUUACCUGCAUAUUUAUAUAUCCUGAAUAGCCUGCUGAAGAAGCACAAUGUAGAUUAAAUGGUUGAGGAUGGAAAAGGUCCACCCUCUAUUAUACAAAAACAAGGCAAAUGGAGAGAAACAAAUUAUAAGACAGAAACCGAAGUUAGUUCAGCUAAAAAAGGAGAAAGAUGGUUCAUAUGCCUCCCAAAUGAAUUAUUUCUGAUUUCUUUUUUUGUUUUUCAUAAGCUCAGAAACACCACCAAAACCAAAGCAAAUGUGGGGUUCAGGAGAGUCCAUUAUGAAAUAUUAGUUAGACUAUUUCUAUCAUGUCAGUCUGCUAUAACAAACAGUCUAUACUAGGGGAAGUAUAUAGAUGUUAAACACUGGUAACUGCUAAGUCUAAGGCUAUCUUUUUACACUGGUACAGGUUUGGUCGGGGAGAUGAAACCCAAAGAUAUUUUAACAGCCCUUACAUUCAUAGAGAAGCAAUAUGAGUUUGCCUAUCUUCUGGUAUGAAAAUUUGCCAAGAACAAUUGAUAAUAACGUAAUAAGAGCCACUUUGAAGGCAUGCAAACACAAU